AUGAAGGGUAUCAUAGCAGCAGUUAGCCUGUCGUUGUCCUUGUUUUCCAUCGUAUCAGCACAAACGACAACCACUGCACCAGUUUCGACCUCCUGUGCCUAUGCAAGCGGAGCCCUGCCUACAGCAGCAGCUGCAUGUGGGGCCUCGAAAGAUCUCUUCCUCGAUGAUUUCAACAUUAACGAUGCAUCCAGGCCGACGACUGGGGAAUCCGGCGUGACUAGGUUACCACAACCACCAAAGAACAUUACAGGAGCUGUAUACUACAAUUUGAAUGGGGGUGACUAUGGAGAAGGAGCUGCCCCAUUCUAUGUCACAAAUGGAUCCAUGACAAUCACCGCAAACAGUGACUCGUCUGUCGAUGGAGAGUUUGCUUCUCACCCGGGCACUGCUCCUACAUACAACUACUGGUUUAGCAAAUACAACCCAUGUGCGUGUUUCGAUGCUACCAAAUACGUAUCACUGGUCAUGGAAUUCAGUGCCGAUCCUGGCUUGGACUUUAACAUUACGUAUACUCAGCAUGCUUCGGAUUGUCUGACCAGAACCAUUGACUCGGUAUACUACCCGUUCUCAAAGUUCAUCAAGCCAACGGGCGCUCGCCAAACCCUCAUAUUGCCCUUCAGCCUCUUUACCAAGAAUCUCGUUGGAGGUGCAUACGAUCUAAGUCACAUCAAGGACUUGACCUUUGUCAACAUGAACCCAAUGGGAGCUAAACUGACGGUCUACAAGAUGUACCUCAGCAGUGCUUGUGGCUCAAACCUCACAGCCGCUUCAGCACCAAAUACUACAUCGACAUCUACUAGCAGCAACAAUGCACCACAGAGUUUGCUGGCAAACUCGGUUUCUCUGGCCUUGAUUGCCGGCCUUGUCGCAAUGUUUGCAUGA